AUGCCCGAGAACGACUCAGACAAGCCUCAGUAUGCGGAGCCAGAAGACUUCAUCUGGGACACGUACCUGCGGGCGUCUAAGGAUGAGGAUGCGGCGCGCCCAAAGAACUGGGAGGGUAGCACGACAGGCAUUCUCACUUUCACAGGUCUAUUCGCCGCGACCGUAGCGGCGUUCAUCGUCGAGAGCUACAAACUGUUGUCUGUCGAUUCUGGGGAUCAGACCGUCCAACUCCUCUCCCAGCUCCUUGUCGCAACUGCGAACGCGUCCUCAGGCCUUCCCGUCAUCAUCGCGACGCCCGAGCCAUUCUCCACUCCACCUGCGGCCAUCGCUACAAAUGCUCUAUGGUUUACGAGUCUCUUGAUCUCUCUCAUAUGCGCGCUGCUAUCGACUCUCGUUCAAGAAUGGGCUCGAGCCUACGUGCAGGAUAUCAAUAGACGAAAGGUACUUCACGAGAGCAUGCGCGAACGGGCCUUCAAUCACAUCUUCAUCCGUAUGGGUGUCAAUCGCUAUGGAAUGGAUCAAUUCGUAUCGUGGAUUGUCGCCUUGGUGCAUCUCGCGGUCUUUCUCUUCGCGUGCGGUCUUUUAGUCUUUCUCUUCCCUAUCGACAAUGCCGUGGCUGGCAUCGCUACCGCGAUCUUUGGGGUCUUCGUGAUCGUCUAUUGCGUCGCCAGUCUCCUGCCUCUACUUGAGAAGAGCUGUCCGUACAGAACUCCCAUCACAUACGUGAUGGCCUUCGUCUCCUGGUCCGUUCAUCACACCCGAAUCGGCGGCGUUUUUAUGUCUUUGCGCAAGAAGGCCAACAUUCGAGACAAGACGACGCUCCAUGACCUUAUUACAAGGCAGUACGUAGGUGGCCAAGUAGAGGUGACUGGUCGACCAGUAGAGGAAUUCUUGACCGGUACUCGAGGUUCAUUCCUGUGGGCGCACACGUCACCCCAUAUAUCGCAAGAGAAUGGGGAGCGACUUUUCAAACUAUUACCUUCCUUCAUCGAUCUGCACCAGGGAAGAGAUGAGGUACUAAGCAAGUUAUGCGCCGACACAGAGCUCAUUGUAAGAUUUUGCUAUUAUCUUCUGGGUUUCUUGGAGAAUCACAAUAGCAACUCCUCGUCAGCGCCCGUUCCCUGGGAUAUAUUCUUGCUUGUAUCGUAUCUCUCCGAGAGAAUGUUCGCUUCAGAGGUUGAACACUACGGCGAUGGCAAUCUAGAGGUUGUUGCACGCACGAGCCCGGUGCUUCUGGGUGUGAUUGGCACAGUGUCUCUGAUAGCGGAAACCGACGGGCCUGAUCGGCUUCUGGCUCUGCUAUGCCUUGGAAGUGUACGAAUGUCCCUUCUGAAACUCUGUCUGAAGGCGUCUACGAAGAUGACUGCGCUUCAGGAAGAGGAAGUGCUGCCAAUCUUCGUUGAAGCAAACGACUGGGAGAAGUUCGAGCUUAGAGGACGCCAUCCCAGCGCGGUUCUCCUUUUGCUCAUCAGUGGGAACCACUCACUAUGGUAUGGAUGGAAACAUGCAAACGAGUCAAAAUUGUUACCGUUGCACGACGACGACUGUUGCAAAAGCUGGAAAGGUGUUUUGACCCCCGAAGGUCGCGCACAUGUAGCAGCGUGCAACGCCUUGACAGUCGUUGCACACAUAUUGAACUCCACUGACGAACAAAGGCAGUCCGCCGGAUACACUCUGUAUCGUAUCGCUAAGGAGAAACAGCUUGAGGAGAAUAUCGUCAUGCUAGGAGAUGACAGGGCGAGGAUCCCCUCCCCCGAGUUUGUGAAUGUUCUACGACUGGCGGGCCUUGACGAAUGGCUUGAGCUUGGGAGCACGUUCGAUACUGAACCUCGCCAUGGGCCUAAGCAUAACUUCCUCACCAUCGGCGAUGGCCGGUUCUGUGUUCGCAUACUCCGAACACUCGCAGAGUACGUCAACUUCGAGGCAUACUUCGAGCGUGCAACGGUCGCUGCUCAGCCUCAUCCGCCCAUGACAUCGCCCAUCUUGGGCACCGACCCUAACUCGGAACAUCCUCCUCCUGCUCAAUCGAUCGCAGACGUCUCAGAUGAUCCUCCGUCCUUUUUGCCCCGUAAUAUUGCAAUCUCGACGAUAGAUGCCAACGUCGAAAGCGCUCGCGCUCUGCCCGCGGACCCGGAACAUGGGGCCUCCGGCCUUGCCACCUUCGGGGAAGAUGCCGCUGCCGGCUCAUCCGGAGGACGGCAUGAGGGGUCGAACAGCGCUGUUGACCCGGUCGAGCUUGGACACGAUCCAGCGACUGUGAUGGCAGCGCAGCUCUUUGGUGAGCGAGGCCAGGACGAGACGGAUAGAGCUGGAGCGCCCGAGUUAGAGAUGGUCACCAUUGCCCAUGAUCGCGAUGAACAUACGGAGAACAGAGAGGCUUCGGAUGAAGCUGCGCUCAACGCGAGAGCGCAGGCAGACGUUGAUAUGAAUGCUCGACCUCGCACUGGCGUGUAUGAUACAGGCGACGGGCCAGGCCAGGAUGAGAUGGGCAGAGCUGGAGCGCCCGAGUUAGAGAUGGUCACCGUCGAUAGUGAUCGUGAUGCGCACGUGGCGAAUAGAGGCCCGGACGAAGCAGCGGUGAUUGAUGCGAGAGCGGGAAAGGAUGCUGGACCUCGCAGUGGCUCUAUGGCAUAG